CGAAUCCUCCUAGGGACGAUAGUGACAUUGUCAUUAUGGAGAAUCUGCAAACACUCAAAGGAGUUGAGGAUUUGUUAUUGAAUGAGGAGGUGGUUAAAAGAAUUCCCAAUGUGAAGAAAUUGGAUUUAACAUACUACUAUUCGGAUGAAAACUGUCUAAGCUAUCUUCAAUGCUUCAGUAAAUUGGAAAACUUACGCUGCAGCAUCUCUUGUGACCUUUUGCGGAGGAUUAAGUUCCCCAACUCUCUCAAGAAGUUGUCUGUUAGCGCCAAUUAUGACAUGGAGUUAGAAGACAUAUUACCUAAAAUCGGUUCGUUGCCUCUUCUUGAGAAGCUCGUAUUAGAAAAUGGUGUCUUCCAAACAGGCAAGUGGGAAACAAUUGAAGGCCAGUUCCAGAAGCUCAAGUUUCUAAAGUUGUCGGAUUGUGAAGGUCUAGUAAAUUGGAUUGUGUCAGACAGCUCCCACUUUCCACUUCUCCAGAAGCUUAGUCUAGAUGUUUUAUCCGAACUUGAGGAAAUCCCAUCUGAAGUUGGAGAAAUAGCAACGCUGAAAUCGAUUUCAUUGUAUGAAUGCAGUGAAGCAGCUGUGACAUCAGCGAAAAAGAUAGUAGAAGAACAUGAGGAUCUAUAUGGAGAGCAAUUACACCUUCGUGUCGAGUAGAGAUAGCUUAGAAUGCAAAUUGGUAAACAUUGGACUGCAAAAGAGAGUUGUUUGCUUGCUCUCAUUGUGGAGCUGAGUGAGGCCAGAGCCGAGGGACAGAGAAUGGCCGGAGAUGGGUGGCGCGGUGGAGGGAGUCGACGGCGGCGGAGGGAGAUUCUUCCAUGGCUAUACACAAAUGUUUAUUUGAAUUUAACUUUUUGUUGUUUUAGUUAUGUUAGUGACAUGAUUUUGAAUUUAUUUUAUAAACGAAACUUUGUUAGAGACUAUUUUUUGUGGAGUA